AUGAAAUUAGCAUUAAUUAUGGAUUUAAAUGUCUCAAUUGUUACACUUGUGUUUUUUGUAUUUGUCUCAAUUUAUCUAAGCAAUGCUCAAAUCGCGUACCAAACUGGCACAGGAUGCGUAAUUACAGGUGGAAAGUUUUACUCGCAUGGUCGUUUUAUUAGAAAUUUAACUAACGCUGAAAUUAGCCAAGUUGAACGUUAUAAGAAGCAAAUGGCUGAAUUUCAAAGAAAAGUUCUGCAAACUCUGAACAAAGGAUUUGGAAAGUCAGAAAAUGAUACAUUAUCUUUGCCACAAAAUACUUCAUUUAAUUCACUUGACUUAUCUCAACGACCUGUAAUACCUUCCUUCUGUUACGGCAAAGAUGCCAUACUUUACGUUUUUUCUGGAUGUUCCGUUCAGAAUUACAAAUUAUAUGUCGGUCAAGAAUUUGUUCGGGAUGUGACAUCAUUGGAACGCAUAGAAUUAGAAAAAUAUGCAGAGGAAUUUAUCAACAUGUCACGUAUGAAUCAACAAGAUGUAAAUUCCAUACCAGAUGCAAAAACACCACCGACAACAAUAGCACCACCUACCAUUCCACCAAGUCUCGAUUUCUGCUCUGAACUCUAA